AUGACCUCAAACAACAACAACUGUGGUUCCAUCAACGAUAAUGACGACUGUGGCACCAACAACUACGACCGCAACCACAGCUCCAACAACCACAACUCAAGCUCCAACAACCACAACUUCAGCUCCAACAACCACAACCGCAGCUCCAACAACCACAACCGCAGCUCCAACAAUCACAACCGCAGCUCCAACAAUCACAACCGCAGCUCCAACAACCACAACUCCAGUCCCAACAACCACAACUGCAGCUCCAAUACCCACAACUCCAGCUCCGACAACCCCAGCUCUAGCAAUCUUAACUCCAACAAGCACAACUCCAACAACCACAUCCGCAGCUCCAACAACCACAACUCCAGGUCCAACAAGCACAACAACAGUUCCAACAACCACAACCAUAGCUCCAUCAACCACAACCACAACCACAGCUCCAACAACCACAACCACAGCUCCAACAACCACAACCAUAGCUCCAACAACCGCAACCCCAACAACCACAGCCACAGCUCAAACAACCACAGCUGCAGCUCCAACAACCAUAACUCCAGCUCCCACAACCACAACUCCAGUCCCAACAACCACAACCGCAGCUCCAGCAACCACAGCUGCAGCUCCAACAACCACAACUGCAGCUCCAACAACCACAUCUCCAGGUCUGACAACCCCAACCCCAGCUCCAGCAAUCCUAACUCCAACAAGCACAACUCCAACAACCACAACUCAAGCUCCAACAACCACAACUCCAGCUCCAACAACCACAAUUGCAGCUCCAUCCACCACAACCGCAACUCCAACAGCCACAACUCCAGCUUCCACAACCACAACUCCAGCUCUGACAACCCCAACCCCAGCUCUAGCAAUCCUAACUCCAACAAGCACAACUCCAACAACCACAACUCCAGCUCCAACAACCACAGCUCCAGCGCCAACAACCACAACCACAGCUCCAACAACCACAAUUGCAGCUCCAUCCACCACAACCGCAACUCCAACAGCCACAACUCCAGCUUCCACAACCACAACUCCAGCUCCGACAACCCCAACCCCAGCUCCAGCAAUCAUAACUCCAACAACCACAACCACAGCUCCAAACACCACAACUCCAGCUCCAACAACCACAACCACAGCUCCAACAACCACAACCACAGCUCAAGCAACCACAAUCACAGCUCCAACAACCACAACCGCAGCUCCAACAACCACAAUUGCAGCUCCAUCCACCACAACCGCAACUCCAACAGCCACAACUCCAGCUUCCACAACCACAACUCCAGCUCUGACAACCCCAACCCCAGCUCCAGCAAUCCUAACUCCAACAAGCACAACUCCAACAACCACAACUCCAGCUCCAACAACCACAACUCCAGCUCCAACAACCACAAUUGCAGCUCCAUCCACCACAACUGCAACUCCAACAGCCACAACUCCAGCUUCCACAACCACAACUCCAGCUCCGACAACCCCAACCCCAGCUCCAGCAAUCAUAACUCCAACAACCACAACCACAGCUCCAAACACCACAACUCCAGCUCCAACAACCACAACCACACCUCCAACAACCACAACCACAGCUCAAGCAACCACAAUCACAGCUCCAACAACCACAACCGCAGCUCCAACAACCACAAUUGCAGCUCCAUCCACCACAACUGCAACUCCAACAGCCACAACUCCAGCUUCCACAACCACAACUCCAGCUCUGACAACCCCAACCCCAGCUCCAGCAAUCCUAACUCCAACAAGCACAACUCCAACAACCACAACUCCAGCUCCAACAACCACAACUCCAGCUCCAACAACCACAAUUGCAGCUCCAUCCACCACAACCGCAAUUCCAACAGCCACAACUCCAGCUUCCACAACCACAACUCCAGCUCCGACAACCCCAACCCCAGCUCCAGCAAUCAUAACUCCAACAACCACAACCACAGCUCCAAACACCACAACUCCAGCUCCAACAACCACAACCACAGCUCCAACAACCACAACCACAGCUCAAGCAACCACAAUCACAGCUCCAACAACCACAACUCCAGCUCCAACAACCACAAUUCCAGCUCCAUCCACCACAACCGCAACUCCAACAGCCACAACUCCAGCUUCCACAACCACAACUCCAGCUCCGACAACCCCAACCCCAGCUCCAGCAAUCAUAACUCCAACAACCACAACCACAGCUCCAAACACCACAACUCCAGCUCCAACAACCACAACCACAGCUCCAACAACCACAACCACAGCUCAAGCAACCACAAUCACAGCUCCAACAACCACAACCGCAGCUCCAACAACCACAAUUGCAGCUCCAUCCACCACAACCGCAACUCCAACAGCCACAACUCCAGCUUCCACAACCACAACUCCAGCUCUGACAACCCCAACCCCAGCAAUCCUAACUCCAACAACCACAACUCCAACAACCACAACUCCAGCUCCAACAACCACAACUCCAGCUCCAACAACCACAAUUGCAGCUCCAUCCACCACAACCGCAACUCCAACAGCCACAACUCCAGCCUCCACAACCACAACUCCAGCUCCGACAACCCCAACCCCAGCUCCAGCAAUCAUAACUCCAACAACCACAACCACAGCUCCAAACACCACAACUCCAGCUCCAACAACCACAACCACAGCUCAAGCAACCACAAUCACAGCUCCAACAACCACAACCGCAGCUCCAACAACCAUUACUCCAGCUCCAACUACAACACCAGGCUUAACAACUUUGGCACAUCUACAAAUUGAGAUAUCUUCUGUUGGAGAGAUCAGCAAUGGAACAAUCACUCAUCUUAUUCAACAGUUUUUUAGAGAACAGCUCCUGAAUGGAACAGCUCACACCGUCACUGUGACCAAAAUUCAGAGGGUUAGUGUGAGCCCAUAGAUGUAUAUGCAAUUUAAUGGUCAACGACAAGCUUGUAAAGAUAGAAAAAAAAUCCUGAUGAUUAUCAUUUUACAUGCUGUGAAAUGCACUUUGCUCAAAUGUUUCAUCAAACGUCUUCAAGACUCUUUUCUCAUGUGUGUGAAUUUCCACAAAUCCCCCUCUAAAAUCCUCAAAUGGACCCCCAGUAUGUUGAGUAGUAGACUUCUGCUUUUGCUUUAAGUGUCAGAUUACAGCGUAUUUGCACUUUACAAUGGAAAACUCAGAAUAUGUGUUGUGAACAAAUGUCAGUAAUUACCACACAUUGUAACUUGAGAGUUGGCUGUCAUGAAGACAAGAUGGUGACCAAGAAACUAGCAAACCAGCUCACGCCUCUUUUCUAUUGUGUAUAAAUGAGGAAAUGUUUCUUGUGAAACAGUAAUAACCUUGGUGAGUGUCUCAUACCAAGGACAUGACUGUAUCCCAAAUUAGGGAGUUGAAUUGACUGUCAGGUCUUUCUGACAGAAUAAGUUCAUUUUAUGUUAGGAAUUGUUUUAUGUAUAUAGAUUGUGUCUAAUCAUUUACCUGAAAACCAGGUUAAUGAAGCACUGCGUAUUUUCUGCAUGAAAGAAGAAAGAAGCUGUGACGGGAAAAAUACCUUUUGGGAUUUAGUACCUUGGAAUAUUGAGUAGAGAAUGAAUUCCAGAGAAAGGUGUGUGUGUGUGUGUGUGUGUGUGUGUGUGUGUGGGGGGGGGGGGUGCUUGUUUUUUUUUUUUAUUGUUUUUUUCAUUGGUUUUUUUUUUUUUUUUACUUGUCUGUAUUCCCUAUGAUUUUACACUCUUCACACUGUGGUUUUGUUUUACCUCAUCUUACUUUUUUGUUUUAUGUCCAUGUAAACCUGCUUUUCUUUGUUUCACUAUAGUGGAAAAAAUGCAAAUGAAGUGUGAGGUAUGUCAGUAAGGUUAGUCUUUAUUUGUUUUGGUAACACUUUAGAUCAGUGUAUGAAACUAGUUCAUGUUUUAAGGCCCUGGAACUAAUGAAUUCACCAACAGACAAUCGACCUUUUUUGCCUUAAGAAAAAUAGUCUAAAUAAUUAUUGUUGUACCAAUAUAUUAUUUAUUUUCACAAUGUACUAUGAAACCUUCAACUGCUAUUGCUGUUACCAUAACCAAAUCUUGUUUAACCUUCAUAGAUUCAGGUUAGACAUGUACACUUUCCUAACAGAUCGUUUCCAGUUUCCCUGUACUAAAAUAUAAUAUGUUGGAAAAUUUGAUUAAAAAAAAAACAAAAACAGGACAUUUAAAGCUUUUCGCAUUUUCUUUCUUUAAUACAUUUUUAAUGACACUUUAUUCAAUUUUGAAUCAACCAUUUAGAAUUAUCAAUAAAACUUUACCCAAGUAUGUCUUAAAACAUUAUUCAGUUUUGCAUCAAAGAGUCGUUAUCAAGUAUGUAUUAUUAAUAAUAUGUGACACAAUUUUUAUCUAUGCUUAAAACAGUUGACAUUACCAAAAUGAUGAUGGUGAGUUACUGAAAAUGUGUGAUAAUUAUUAAAAUACAUUAUUUAAAAUCAGGUUGAAUAACUUACCAUCAAGCUAAAACAUCCACUUGUUGUUAUAGUUCUAUUCUUCAUUUUUUUCCUGCAGCAUAGAAUCUUUCCAUCACAGUGUAAAUUAUGCUACUGUGCAAACCCUAUGUAAACAAAACCCAAAAAUACACCAGCGCUAAGCAAUUCCACAGACUGAGCGGAAACGAAGGUGGUUUUCUUCCGAGUCCUACAGUGUCCUUAAGAGGCCUCUUAACCUUAACUUCACACACUUGUCAUCACUUCUUCCCCGCAUCCUAUUUGUAAACCAGCAAAGCCCAGAGAGUCGUGCAUGGCUCUGCUCAACAGGACCAAAAGAUCUGCAGCCCCACGGACUCCCCUCGGCAGGAAGAGCUUCAGUGAGCAGGUGGAGACAUAAGGAAGACGCACACUUGACAUGCUCACAUCCUGGAAAAUAAUGCAUGAAUGAGUGUGUAAUUAUGAAGAAUUUAAAGUUAAAAUAUAAGAUACAUUACAUUUAGAAAUAGUAUAUUGAGCUAAAUUGUUGUUAAUAGUAGAGAAAUUAUCAAAAGCCUCACUGAAUAGAGCUGCAUGAGUGAGAAAAUUACUCAUGCAAUCUGCAAUUUGAUAUAAUAUAAAAAAAAAUAUUCAUGUUGAAAAAGUUCAUAGAGCAAAUUCACACAAAACAGAAUAAAAUAAUAGUCAGUUGUUAAGAAGGGAGAGUAAUUUUGUUCACAAAGAAAAGGGAAAUUAACAGAAAAUGCUAAUAAACAAAGCUACAUAAUACAUUAUUGUCAGAGUGCAAAACUGAAAAUAAAACUGAAAAGUAUAACAUGAUUUCACUCAAAGUAAGCCCAUGUAGAGCUUCUGUAAAAAUAUGAUGACUGAGAACAAAUCUGUUCAGUGUAUAUCAAACAUUCUUGAGCAUGUCAUACAUUUGCUGCAGAAUAUUUUCAGAACUUGUGCACUUGGUAAAACUAGAAUAGAUACUGAACCUGGGAGUAAAAACACAAUGAGAUCCGUCUGGGGAACCCAAGAGGAGGUAGGUGAUCUGUUCCGGUGAUAAAAAUGAGGAGGUCUUCAAGGGAAAACGAUGCUUGACCAUCUAAAUGUGCACAAAGAGGAAUUAGUGUAUUAUGAUAUAUUAAAAAAAAACACAGCUUCUGAAUGUCAUAAUAAAAAGAAAACGAUACAAGGAAAAUCAAAAAAGCAGCUUCAGUUCAGCCUCGGCAUUGACUUAAUAGUACUCAUCAUUAAACCCUGAGAGACUGAUUGUAAGAGACUAUAAAGGAUCAAAAUGGUAUUAAAAAAAAGGGCCAAGCAGGACUGAAAAGUUGCCAUUAAUAAAGUUUUGAGCUGACUGCAUUACAUUAAAACAAAAGGAAGUUUUUCCUCACCGCUAUCACCAGUCACAAGUGUUUGCUCCAGGAGGAUUCUGUUGGGUUUCUGUAAAUUGGCUUGAAAGUCUGGUUUUGACUAGCUCGACAUGUAAAGUGUUUCAUUAGAUAACUUUUGUUUUGAUUUGGCGCCAAAUA